ACGUCUAAGAGCGCGAAAUGCAAUUCUGUUUACGGAAGUCGUAGAGGAGAGCCGUGUCAACUGAUUACUAGCGUUUUAAAUUCAUUUAAAUGUUUUUUGAGGAAACAACACCGUUAUCGAGUGGUAGCUUUAUUUAAAGCUAUAUCCCAAUGGAUAUUGAGGUCGAUAUAAUUGAGUUUAAAGUCCCUCUCGAAAACAACAAAACUAUUUUUAUUUGGGACAUUCAGCCAACAUUUUCAGAGGCCCACAUUUAUGAGUCCCUGUGGAGCGUGUAUUCAGCAUUUGGAGCUCUUUACCUUUUGAAGGUGUGUCCUAAUGCCACGGUGGCAGAACCUGGCUUCUACGCGAUGGUGAAGUUCUAUUCAUCAGUACAGGCAUCCAAAGCUCAGCGGGCCACUGAUAAACAGUGUCUUUUCCAAAGCUCUCCUUUAAAGGUCCGAUUGAGCACAAAGCAGAAUUUGUCCUUCUAUAGCACUAAACCUCUUAGCCUUUCCAAAUGUCACAACCUGGCUAAUCACUAUCUGGGCUUCGGCGGCUGGUCUACUCGCAUUAUCACUUUGAAGGACAUCUCUAAGUGUGUGGAUGCCGGGUGUCAAGAAGAAGCAGAUGACCAGGGUGUACUUUUGAAAUAUGGCUGUAUAGCAGAGUUGACCUUCCCACAGCAUGGAGUGAGCUGUCGGGGGGUCGGUGUGGCAGAGGAAAUCAUUGACAACGAUCGAGACCCAGAAGAAAAGCUGAGAAAAAGAGGGAUACUAAUGAAACGAGCCAAAGACAAAGCUGUGGUGGUUGCCUUUGAAAAAGUGCUUCUCUUGAUAUUGGGAAAUGGAAAAGUAGCAAUUGAAAUCAAGUAUGAUCCAGAUGAAAUCCUUCCAGAGGAGAACUCAGAAGGAGUCAUAAAAGUAAAUGACAUCUCCUGGAAUGAGUUUGAAGGUGCUGACAGUAAUACUGAGGAGGAUUUCCCAUGGGACCUCACUGUGGACCUCCCUCAUUGACACCCACUCAACUUUCUCAACCCACACAGUGCCGAUAAUUUCCAGAAAAGUGACCAUUGAAAAUGAUACACGUUUUCUCUUUAAAUUGUGGUAUUGACCAUAAUGUCAAACGUGUGCAGCGUUACGGUCAUACUCUGUGGUUAACCUCUUGAUUUCAGUGCAUCUGACCCCAGAUUCCUCUUUUACCUAUUCCUAUUUCCAAAGCAAUUCUCUGUUUUUUUAUGUGGCUGAUACACCGAGGCCACAUAGUUUGAGGUUUGAAGGUCAGGUCAGAUGUCAAGCCAAAGAAAGUCAUGUCAUUUCAAUUGAGGGAAGCCCAAAUGCAUCACUCUAUAAUUUAAUAAACUUAUACUGUGAACUUAAAAUUAAUUAAAAUUUGCGUCACCUUAUAAUACAUUAAGACAGGUUGCUGUAGUAUGUUGUCUUUAAAAGGGGUUUUGUGUGUUGUGGUUAUGAUUUUUCUGCAGUGUUAAAUAAAAUAUAUAUAUACAGUGUAUCUUAA